AUGAGGGCUGGGGCCGUGGUGUUUGAGGCAGUGGUAGGCGAUUGUGGAGAAAAAGGUUUCAUAAUGGUGCUGAAUUUACUAGGUGUCCGAGUGGCUGAGAUGGCAUUUGGAUUCGCCCUUGACUCGGGCCGAUGCCUAAGCUUGCUAGGGGUUGCUGGGGGAGUCGGUAGGGACGUGUUUAUACCAGGCGUGUUGUUGCUUCUAAAGAUCUCAGCAUGAAGUGUAGUCGAAUUCCCUACGGGAUUGACUAUGCCGUGACGUACAAAGGCCGCAGAUGAUGAUGAUGAUGAUGAUGAUGAUGAUGAUGAUGAUGAUGAUGAUGAUGAUGAUGAUGAUGAUGAUGAUGAUGAUGAUGAUGAUGAUGAUGAUGAUGAUGAUGAUGAUGAUGAUGAUGAUGAUGAUGAUGAUGAUGAUGAUGAUGAUGAUGAUGAUGAAGCAGACUUAUUCAAACUGACAAUAAAUGCCAUUAUGUCGGUGUUGGUUUUUGACAAUUCCAAUCUGUUCAGUCUUUGCCGCAAUGGUGUGAGGUCCGGCGAGAAGGAUCGGCGCCAGUAUAAUUCGAGAGGACGAGGCGUUAGUGCUGCUGUUCCCUCUUCACUCCGUUUUCCUACCCGGAAUGCUUUCAGGGCUUCUAUUUCCAUGUCUGCCUCGAGUAAUUGGUUUAACUGA